CGCUGCGGCGUGGAGAUGCUUUCAGCACCGCGGACAGCGGCGCACUGACCGGCCGCGCUCUGGAGGCUAUAGCGCCGCUGUUUGUAGUUACGGUGCCUCGCGCUGCAUCCUCGGCUCUGGAUUGGCUGCGGUGGAAUCCAGUAGGAUGUCUCAGUCGAGGGGGGGUUUGGGGGUGCUGUUGUCACUCUUGUGAAUGGACACACCCCUCGCCACUAUAGCGGGAAACCAAAGGCUGCGCGCACAGGCUCGGAACUUCUCCUUACUCGCUUUCUGUGCUCUUCCCAGUGCCUUUUCUGGAACCAGUAGGUGGCAACCAGUAGUGCCAGCAGGGAACCAGCCGCGAAGGAGAUCAGAUUCCGCUGCUCCACCGCGGUCCUUUACCGUAUCCACGGAUCUUUAAGUGAGGACCAGUUGGACAAUGGACUGGAUCUUCUGGAUCGGCUUUGCUGCGGCUCAUCAGACUCGCGCAUCUGUCUCGUGGUUGACUGAAGUGAUGUGGGCACGUGCGCGCACGGAACAUGCUGUUUUUUGGGACUUUGGGAGAUUGUGAGUUACUUUCUAACAUCUCAGCAGCUGCAGCUCCACCUCCACCUCCUCCUCCUCUAAAACAUGAGAAACUCAGCUCUGCUGAACUUUGCUAAAAUCUUUCUGCUGUGGAAGCUGCUGGACGUGCAGGCAGGCUCAGAUGGAGAGAUUACAGCUGAAGAACAGGUGCAGAUGCUGCUGGAUGCCAGACUGCAGUGUCUCCAGACGGUGUCUAGCCAUGACCUCGCAGUGGACGAGUGCCCUGCAGAGUGGGACGGCUUGAUCUGCUGGCCACGGGGGUACCCUGGAACUCUGGCCAAAGUGCCCUGCCCCAGAUACAUCUAUGACUUUAACCAUGCAGGCCAUGCCUACCGGAGAUGUGAUUCGAACAGUUCCUGGCUGCUUGGAGAAAGCUUGAAUAAGACAUGGGCCAAUUACACAGAGUGCAUAAAGUCCCCAGGACCAAACAGAGAGCGACAAGUCUUCUUCGAGAGGCUUCAUAUCAUGUACACUGUGGGCUAUGCUGUGUCCUUUGGCUCUCUACUGGUGGCCAUUCUCAUCAUCGGAUAUUUUAGGCGUCUACACUGCACACGGAACUACAUCCACAUGCACCUGUUCGUGUCCUUCAUGCUGAGAGCCGUUAGCAUCUUUGUGAAGGACCGAGUGGUGCACACCAGCGCCGGUCUUCAGGAGUUUGAUGCCGUGUUGAUGAAUAACUUCACUAAUGCGGUGGACGUGGCACCAGUGGACACCUCUCAAUAUAUGGGUUGUAAGGUGACGGUCCUGCUCUUCAUCUACUUUCUGGCAACAAACUACUACUGGAUCUUGGUGGAGGGAUUGUACCUGCACAGCCUUAUCUUCAUGGCCUUCCUGUCAGACACUAAGUACCUGUGGGGCUUCACUCUGAUUGGAUGGGGAGUUCCAGCAGUCUUCGUGGCGACCUGGGCGAUCGUCAGAGCAACUGUGGCGGAUUCAAGAUGCUGGGAACUGAGUGCAGGGAACAUCAAAUGGAUCUAUCAGGUCCCCAUUCUGACAGCCAUUGGGCUCAACUUCAUCCUGUUUGUGAACAUUGUUCGGGUUCUGGCAACCAAAAUCCGGGAGACCAACGCUGGAAGAUACGACACACGGAAACAGUACAGGAAGCUGGCAAAGUCCACGCUGGUGCUGGUGCUGGUGUUCGGGGUGCACUACAUCGUGUUCGUGGGGAUGCCGCACACCAUCGAGGGUCUGGGCUGGGAGGUGCGGAUGUACUGCGAGCUCUUCUUCAACUCCUUCCAGGGCUUCUUCGUGUCUAUAAUCUACUGUUUCUGUAAUGGAGAGGUCCAGACAGAAAUUAAGAAGACGUGGACUCGCUGGAACCUGGCCUUCGACUGGAAGGGUCCGGUGGUGUGCGGUAGUUACCGUUACGGCUCCGUGCUGACCGGCCUCAACAACAGCACUAGCAGCCACUCCCAACUGGCGGCUGGAGGACCAGCCACUCGCUCCACCACACUGUACUCCAGCAGGGUGUACCGCAGCACCGGGGCGCCCUCUAUCAGUGCUCACGCCGCUCUGCCGGGCUACGUGCUAAGUACUUCAGACGUGGACAGCCUGCCCCCCUCCAUACCAGAGGAGUCAGAGGAAAGUGCAAAGCAGGUGGACGAUAUCCUGCUGAAAGAGUCGCUGCCUGCGCUGCCCAGCAGCGGCCCAGAGGAUGAUGAGGAGACCCUGUAGAUAAGCAGGGCGGCGUGGAACCACUUAAAGAAUGUGAAAAGGACUGGACUGAGCUGAAUAGACUCGUGCUUGGACCCCUUUAAAGAAAGCUGUGAAGUGUUAUUUGUCUACUGUGACAAUUCUGACCUUUAAGUGGGAUCUUUAAGAAAAACCAGGGACUAGUUUGAGAAAAAAUAUGAGUCAGAGAGUACUGUUCUCCCCCUCUAAAUCUUCAGUACUUCAUUUAAAAAGUGUAAAAAAAAAUGAGAAAUGAGUCUCAAAAGGUUUCAGGCAAGGUUUGCAAUGGCAUUACACCACACAAAGCUCAGUGCGCUACAAUGUGAAACCAAAACUAGCUGAAUCAAAUGUUUACAGUAUAACAGUCCACCUUGGAUAUAUUGAAAUACUUAAUAUCUUGAAACGUUCCAAUAAAACACAAAUUACUUACAAUAUAGUACAUUUUCAAACUCAGGUUUUGACAUUUAAAAUUUGCAGUUUUAUUAGAUAAUUUGGGUAAAAAUUAGGUAAUACUUUACAGAACACAAUUAACAGUAAUUAUGACAGUUAUAAACAUUGUUAAAUGGUUAAAUGAUAUCGCCACUGUUUUACACUAUUUAGGACACUAUUAGACAUUACUAAAUAGGCUCACGCUUUACUUGGAUGGUCCAUUGUUGAUGCCUCAUAGAUGCUCAAGUAACAUUCAACUAAGUGCAAAUUAAAUGCAAAUGAACACUUAGUUGAAUGACGUUAAUGAUUCUCUAUUGAAUGUACAAAACCCUACAUCUAACCUUAUGAUUACUACAGUUGCCUUGACAUUUAAGUAGUAAUAAAUAUGUAUUAAUACCCUAACUUUUAUUUUGUUUUUACUUGAAAAUUAGAUAUUUGUUCAUUACACUUUGCAAAUUUUUUUUUUUUCACAAUGUGUUAUUCCGAACAUUCCUAGGAUUGUACUAUUGUGUAAUAAUUAGCUGAGACAUUUAUUAAACAUUUAGCAAUGUUUAUUACUGUCAUAUUUACUGUUAUUUGUGUUAUAAAAGAAAGACAAAGGACAAAAGGGGGGUUUCCUGAAGGAUAAAAAAGUGUUUAAAAUAAUAUAAUUUUUUUUCUGUUAAAACAAGUUAAACCUGUUUGAGCUUUUGACUCAACACACUUGGAGGAGAACAUUAAGCACAACAGUGUAGCGCUAAAAAAGGGCUGUUGACCAUGCAUCCUUGUCAGUAAAAACACGGACAGAUGCCUUCAUAAGGACCGGACAGACUGUCUGGCCAACUUAAAUCCAUUCUGCACAGAAGAGCAGGGCUGCAGAUGUUUCAGGAUCUUGGAAUUGUUUUACUGCCAAGAUGAGAUUUUGUGAGAAGGUGUUUUUUAUGGCGUAACUGAGCUGAAUCCAGGACAGAAUGGACUUCUACAGUUUACUGCACACGAACCUUCAGACAAUCUGAAGCUCGACACCUUUAAAGAAAAUAAGGACACACAAGGUACACAAGGGCUACUGCUGCUAUGAGCUGACCUGACUGAAUCAUUUAGCACAAAAAAAAAUACAAUCCGAGAAGGUUUGUUUUAUCACAUACAAAAAUGGUGCCAGCAUGGGUUCUUUGGAGCGAUGCUGUAAAAGAAACAUCUCUCUAUUCAACUGGAACUAAAACUGUUUUUUUCUAUAGUAUAAAAAGAUUAAAAGAUGAUGCAUAGACUUACUGUGGCUUGAUUUGGACGUGUGCAUCAUUUCAAUUUUUAUAUGUUAAAAUUUGAUACAUUUAAACAAGUAACAAGUAUCCAUAUCUAAAAACCUGAAGCUCAAAGCUUUUUCCAUAUUUUCUUUUAAGAAAUAUUGAUUAUCCUUUUUUUCUGGCAGCAGAAAUUUUAAAAUUUGAUUUCAAGUUAAUUUCACUUAAUUUCAUAAGCCUGGUCUAGGACUGCACCGCACUCUAAAUAGAGAUUUUCCAUUGAAGGGAAGUAAAAUCUAUUAAAAAAAAAAUCUAUAAAAUCCAACCCAUAGCGUCUUAAGAUCAUUUAUUUUAAUUUAUUUUAUCAUGAUUUAUACUUGGCAAAUUAAAUGAGCACAUUAUUGUUUUACCAACUCAAGACACUAACUCAAAGUUAUAGUAAAAAUGUCAUUAUUUUUACAUAGUAUGCCACAUUUUAUAGGAAAAAAACUCUCAUUUACAAACACUUUUUACAUAUCCUGAUAAAUUUAAGAGACAGCAUGGGUUCUUAAUGUGUUCCAAAGCCAGUUUAAAACUUGGGUCCGAGAGAAAACAAUUGGCCACUCUCUCUUUCUCUAUCUCUCUCUCUUACCAGGCAAAAGUUUGGACACCCCUUCUUAUUUAAUGUGCUUUCUUUCUUUUUAUGUUUUACAUUGUAAAUUUAUUAUUGAAGACUAUAUUAAAGUUAUAUAGGAACCCCCAUCUCAGCUGAUCAGGUUUAGAUCAGGGGAUUGUGGAGGACGAACACUUUUUUUACUGUAAAAAAAAAAAGAAGUAAUUCUAUAUGUGUUCCUAAAUUGUUUUUAUGUCUUUAAUGUUAAUGUACAAUGUUUAAAAUAUAAUAAAUAAAGAAAUAGAGAAAAACAUUGAAUAAGAAGGUGUGUUCAAACAUUUGUACUGUACAUAAAAAAAAAUCAAUCCUCUUAGGGUGGAGUUAUUUUAAAAGUGAGUAAAUACAUAUAUGUAAUAAAUAGUAAGAAGUAGGAAAAAAAUAAGAAAAAGGCACAUUUUUUACAUAAGUUUUAAAUCUCAUUAGUUUUAUAUGAAUCAGAAAUUCAGAGCUAAAUCUAGUUACUGGACAGAAAAGGGAUAAAUCAAGAACAUGCAGUGAGUCAGAUUCUUCAGAGCACAAAAUCGUUCCAGAGAACCCUCAUGGGGAGAUCUGUUCUGGGGAAGAGUGAUGAUUCGUCUUGCUGAGGUUUAGCGGGUUCAGACAUGUGUUUUACGUUUUUGUGCUCGACUACCUUUGUGUGAAAAGCAUGUUGUAACUGCAGGUCCUGAUGCAGGCUGUGUGCUGGACUCACACAUGGCCUGGAUGAUCUGAGAUAUUAAAUAUUGAAACAAAUCAGUUUUUAUAUUUUUCCAUUUCGGAGUAAAUUUUGUGGCAUGUUUUCCACCAAUGAACGAAAUAUUCUGUAGAUGUUGUUGUGCAGUUUUUGGAACUGACUGAGAUAAAC